AAUUCUAAAUUCUGAAGCUGAACAUACCAGUGAAACUCCCUACCACUGCCUCUUGUAUUAGCAUCAAGGGAGAGAGAAAAAAUAAGCACGCUGAGAAUGGACCCAGUGCUUGAAGAGACAGAUGAAGAAAGCACAGGAGGAGUUUCUUCUUUGGAAGAAGAAAUAGUCCUUGGCCAGAGACCCCAUAUAAGCUUUCCUUUUGGCAUUCUCUUCUCAACUGUUCUCUACUGUGGUGAGGUUGCCUCUGCUUUAUAUAUGUUUGAAAUUUAUCGAAAAGGUAAUGACAGAUUCUGGAUGUCAUUUACCAUCAUCUUUAUUAUUGUGGGGGUAACUUUGGAUCAAAUUACCCUGAUGUUUUUCAACAAAGACUUGAGGAGAAAUAAGGCUGCAUUACUUUUUUGGCACAUUCUUCUUUUAGGACCUAUUGUGAGGUGUUCACAGGCCAUUAUAAAUUACCACAAAUUGUUGAAAAAUCUUAAACAGGAGGAGGAAGAGAGUCAAGAUAGCAUCACAAAGAGAAACACGAUGCUGGAAAGGGAGAUUGCACUCUCAGUCCGGGAUAAUUUCAUGCAGCAGAAGGCUUUCAAGUGCAUGUCAGUGAUUCAGGCUUUUCUUGGUUCUGCUCCACAAUUAAUUUUGCAGAUAUACAUCACUCUCAUUAUAAGAGAAUGGCCUUUUGGUAGAGCAUUCCUGAUGACAUGUUCCCUGUUAUCAGUUACUUACGGGGCCAUUCACUGCAAUAUACUGGCCAUCCAGAUCAGCAACGAUGAUACUACCAUUAAGCUACAGCCGACAGAAUUCAUCUGUGUCAUGAUAUGGCGUUUUCUGGAGGUUAUCUCACGUGUAGUGACUCUGGCAUAUUUUGCUGCAUCUCUGAAACUGAAGAGCCUACCCUUUUUCUUAAUCAUAUAUUGUGUACCAUUGUUGGCACCGUGGCUGGAGUUUUGGAAAAGUGGAGCUCAUCUUCCUAACAACACAGAAAAUAGUUCCAAUGUGGUGGGUACAGUACUGAUGCUUAUCUUGAUCACACUACUCUAUGCUGCAAUCAACUUCUCCUGCUGGUCAGCAGUGAAACUGCAGUUGUCGGAUGAGGAAAUAAUUGACAGGAGACAGAGGUGGGGCCAUAGAUUCCUACACUACAGCUUUCAGUUUUUAGAAAAUGUGAUAAUGAUAUUGGUAUCUAGGUUCAUUGGAGGGAAAACUUUGCUGAACUGUUGUGACUUAUUAAUUGUCAUGCAGCUCAUCAUAACCUACCUAUUGGCCAUUGGCUUUAUGCUCCUCUUCUGUCAGUAUUUGCACCCCAGGUGGUCAGGUAAAGUGUUGCCAGGACAUACUGAAAAUCAACCAGAAGCACUGUAAUAUUAUGUAAACAUCUAGAGAAAACUCAAAAGAAUAAAAAUAAGCAGCUGAGGAAUUACUACCACUCCUGGAGUAGGGCUGAAUAUUUUUCAAUCAAAAGUAUGUCAUAUUCAUAAAAUAUACAUACAUACUUUCACAGAACAAUGAGUAAAGAUGCUGAAUGUGACUUUAUUUAGAGGCUCUUAAACUAAAAUAAGUUAUACACAGAAAAAUCUUAGAAGUGGUUUCUAAUAAAAUUCACUUUUCUCCUAUGAA